AUGAGCACGCCACUUGGACCAUCCAGUCCACUACCAGAUCCAACCUCCGAUGUUGGCGCACAGAGGCAAAGCUCCCCUCCAGCGCGUCCCAUAAACGAUAUGUCGAUCCAGGAUCAUAAUCUCGAAGAUGAUGAGGCGGGUGAAGAAUCAAACGCACGCAGAAGAGCAAAGCGCAAUCCACAAGAUCCCUCUGAAGUACCAAAAGUCAAAGAUGCAACUGGAGAAAAGGUCAUGGAGAGCUUUGAGAAUUUCUUAGAGUCAUACACUGAAGUUGUUGAUCUCGCUGCUACGCCUGGCGUAGAUGGAAUGCAAGCUGAGGCGGAAUCAAAGUUCUACGUCGAGCAGAUACACGGAAUGAGAGAAUACAACUUUACAACGCUAUACGUAUCAUUCUCUCACCUACUUGAACGUGAAGAUAUCUUAGCAAAGGCCGUCACAGAUCAGUACUAUAGAUUCUUGCCUUUCUUGAAACGCGCCGUACAAAACUUGGUACACAAAUACGAACCAGGUUAUCUCUAUUCCAACGCCCAAACUGUCACAGCCACACAAUCUGCCAGCUCAUAUAUCAUAAGGGAAUUCCAAAUCGCUUUCUACGAUCUUCCAAUCGUUAGUGGCAUCAGAGACCUAAGAACAGACAAGAUCGGUACAUUGAUGAGUGUUGGCGGUACAGUCACGCGUACUUCAGAAGUCAGGCCUGAACUUGUCAACGGCUGCUUCGCUUGUGAAGAAUGCGGUGUUGUAAUGCACGAUAUAGAACAGCAAUUCAAAUUCACAGAGCCAAGCAUGUGUCCAAAUCCAACGUGCAACAACAGAAACGCUUGGAGACUUAUAAUUGAACAGUCAAAGUUCUCAGACUGGCAGAAAGUCCGUAUACAAGAGAAUGCAAACGAAAUUCCGACCGGUUCGAUGCCAAGAUCUUUGGAUGUCAUUCUUCGUGGUGAAACGGUUGAAAAGGCAAAGGCUGGAGACAAGUGCACUUUCACAGGUACUUUCAUCGUCGUACCGGAUGUCAGUCAAUUGGGUAUACCUGGUGUAAACACUGAGUUAAUGAGAGAAAACUCAGGCGGUCGAACUGAUAAUCAGGGUGUUACGGGCUUAAAGGCGCUCGGUGUGCGCGAUUUGCAAUACAAGACUGCUUAUUUGGCUUGCAUGGUUCAGUCGGCAGAUGGUAGAUCUUCUGCUACCAACGUCAGGGCCGAUUAUGAGGAGGAAGAAGAUCAAGAUACCUUCCUCAGAAGCUUAACGCAACAAGAAAUCGAAGAACUUCGAGCAAUGGUUAAUACCGACAACAUCUACCACCGUCUAGUGAAGAGUAUAGCACCAACUGUAUUUGGACACGAUAUUGUCAAGAAGGGAUUGUUGUUACAGCUAAUGGGUGGUGUACACAAGCGCACUCACGAGGGUAUUCACUUGAGAGGAGAUAUCAACAUUUGUGUUGUCGGUGAUCCAUCUACAUCCAAAUCUCAAUUCUUGAAGUAUGUCACGUCUUUCCUUCCAAGAGCAGUUUAUACAUCCGGUAAAGCAUCCUCAGCUGCUGGUUUAACAGCUGCAGUGGUCAAAGAUGAGGAGACUGGCGAAUUUACAAUCGAAGCUGGAGCACUCAUGUUGGCAGACAAUGGUAUCUGUGCGAUUGAUGAAUUUGAUAAGAUGGAUAUAGCAGACCAAGUUGCAAUCCACGAAGCUAUGGAACAACAAACACUUUCUAUUGCAAAAGCCGGUUUACAAGCUACGCUCAAUGCUAGAACAUCAAUCUUAGCAGCAGCCAAUCCAAUCGGUGGACGCUACAAUCGUAAAGCAACGCUCAGACAGAACGUCGCAAUGUCUGCACCAAUCAUGAGUAGAUUCGAUCUUUUCUUCGUUGUUUUGGACGAGUGCAAUGAGAGCGUCGAUGAUAUGCUCGCAAGACACAUUGUCAAUAUUCACAGAUUCAGAGAUCAAGCGCUCGAGCCUGAAUUUAACACUGAGCAGCUGCAAAGAUUUAUCAGAUACAGUAGGACAUUCCAACCAAGAAUGACAGUGGAAGCUUCCGAUUUACUGGUUGAGAAAUACAGGAUACUGAGACAAGAUGAUGCACAGGGUAUUGGUAGAAAUAGCUACAGAAUCACAGUCAGACAGCUGGAAUCCAUGAUCAGAUUAUCAGAAGCAAUAGCACGCGCUAACUGCUCAAACGAAAUCCUUCCACAAUAUGUUAAGGAGGCUUACUCUUUACUCCGUCAAUCUAUCAUUCACGUCGAGCAGGAUGAUGUAGGAUUGGAUGAUGAAGACGAACAACAACCAACUGAGCCUAUGGAUAAUGUUACCCAAGACAUAACAUCUUCCUCCGACCCCAAUCUCCAAAUUCCAACUUCAUCAGUCCAGCCUUCGUCAUCUGCACCUCCAGCUUCUGAGGGCGGCGUAAAUACACCUCAACCAACAGCUGAGAAAACCAAACUUACUAUCACAUACGACAAGUAUAUGUCACUCAUGUCACUUGUCGUGCAGCACCUUCUCACAGUAGAGAACACAACCGGUUCUGGUGUCACAAAGGAUGAGAUAAUACAGUCAUACAUUGAAUCAAAGGAGGAGGAAAUAGACUCGAUUGAACAACUCGAGGCUGAACAGGCUCUAAUGGCAAAGGUCUUGAAGAAGUUGGUCAAGGAUCAAUAUUUGCUCGAGCUGCGUGGUAGUGCUGAUCGCGAUACGGAGAGUCAAGACCCAUCCUCAUCCACUGAUGACCAAGUCACAUACCUCGUUCAUCCACAAGUUGAACUCUAA